AUUAGAAACUAUUAAAAGUGAAUGAAAUUAAUAUUUUAAUAUUUGUUUUAUACGAUAUUUUUUUAAGUUGAUAAAACAUGGAACACGUAUCAGAAAUAAGAACACUUAUUUCAUACAUCGAACGUAAGCGAAAGCGUAAAUGAAUUAUACGUUGCCGAUAACCUAUUCUUAUGCAUAUAAUUAGUGAAUUUAAAAAAUAGAUUACUUAUAUGAAUGCAUUUCAUAAAGUUAUACUACUGUGAUCUAAGCUAAGACAAUUUUUGAGAAAUUUAAUGGUAUUCAUAAUAAAAUUUUAAUUAUCAUUACAUCACAAUAAGAUAAGAUGAAGUGUAACAUAUUUCGUAUUACAAAUGUACAAUUUGUACAGAAAAGGUUUUUUAAAAAGCUUCAAGUGAGAGUUAGAUUUGCUCCUAGUCCAACUGGAUUUUUACAUAUAGGAAGUUUACGAACUGCAUUAUACAACUAUUUAUUUGCUCGUGCUAAUGAUGGUUCAUUUAUUUUACGAAUCGAAGAUACGGAUCAAUCUAGGUGCAUACCUGGAGCAAUAGAAAAAAUUGAGAAUGAUUUAUUAUGGGCUGGAAUUAUACCUGAUGAGGACCCACUAAGAGGUGGACCAGUUGGCCCAUAUUUACAAUCAAAACGACUUGAAAUAUACCAGGAACAUGUACUUAAACUUAUAAAUAAUCAGUCUGCGUAUUACUGUUUUUGCACAGAAAAUAGAUUACAGUUAUUAAAAAGAGAAGCUUUAAAAUGUGGACAAGUGCCUAAAUAUGAUAAUAGAUGUCGACAUUUAAGUGAUGAUGAAGUGAAACAAAAACUUAAGAAAGGAGAUCCCUAUUGUAUUAGAUUUAAGUUGUCUUCUGAGAUAGAAUGUUUUGAUGAUAUAAUAUAUGGUAAAAUAGAACAUGAUAUAGGAAGUAGAGAAGGAGAUCCAAUUAUUAUUAAAGGAGAUGGUUAUCCAACUUAUCAUUUUGCAAAUGUUGUUGAUGAUCAUUUAAUGGGAAUAUCUCAUGUCUUACGAGGAAUUGAGUGGCAGGUGUCUACACCUAAGCACAUAAUGAUGUAUAAAGCAUUUAAUUGGACCCCUCCUGUAUAUGGACAUUUACCACUAAUAUUAAACCCGAACGGAACAAAACUAUCAAAAAGACAAAAUGAUAUAAACAUUGAAUACUUCAGAAAAGAAGGAAUCUUUCCAUUAGCACUUCUAAAUUAUGUUAUUCAUGCAGGUGGUGGUUUUGAUAACAGGGGUGGAGCUCAUUAUAUUAAUAGUUAUGAAGAAUUAAUUAAACAAUUUAAUAUUUCUAAAAUAAAAGUAGCUUCUAAUAAACUUUCACCACCGAAAUUAUUAGAAUUUAAUAAGAUAGAAAUGUCAAAAUUAUUAGCAAAUGAAAAGAAUAAUAAAUUUUUAGUUGAAAGAGUUAGAAAUCUUGUUAUGGAGGCGUAUUCAGAAAGAAAAAUUGAUGGAAGUUUGCAUUUAGAUGAUCAUCAUAUAAUUACAAUAUUAAAAUGGGCACAAACUAGAAUAUCUAAGUUGAGUGAUUUAAUAUCUCCAGAAAUGAGCUUUAUAUGGAUCAUUCCAGCUACAUCUGAAGAUAAAGUUCAUUCCGAGUACUCAGAUGCGUUCAAAAUAUUAAAUAACAAAUUGCUGGAAAUUGACACUGAACAUUUUCACAAGUCAUGGAUGAACAGUUACUUAAAACAAUUUGCUGCUGAACAUAGCAUUCCAUAUGCAACAUUUAUGAAACAUCUGCGUUUUAUCCUUAGUGGUUUAAAAGAAGGUCCGCCAGUUGCUGAGAUGAUUGAAAUUUUAGGAAAAGAUACUACAUUGUUCAGAAUAAAUCACUAUAUUUCCUGAAAUUGAAUAUAUGAUUCAGUCAAUUUGCAUAACGUCACACAGUGAACGUUUUCAGUAGAAUAAAAAGCUUAGAUAUCUAGUCAGUUUUUUAACGAAAUUGAUGGAACAUCUAUCUCAUUGUAUAAGUUUAAAACCAUCAAACAAGUAUUUAAUUUUACCUAUCCUAUGUAUAUAUAAAGUAAAACACGUUAAAUACUAUAAAUUUGGUUUUAAAACUAUUAUUAAAUAUAUAAAUGUUUUUAUUAUUAAUGGAAUUUUUCAUUUGUUUAGCACAAAUAAUUUGUCAUUUACGUGGUGUACAUAUUUUUUAAAACAAUUUAGGUAUUUAAUAUAAUUCCAAUAUUUAAAUAACUUCUGACAAUAAAAACAGUAGAAAUAUUUAUUAAACAGUAGUGAAUAAAUAAAAGACAUUGUAUAAAUACAGUUUCUACUACUACGCUUUUAUUAUAUAAUUACAGUUUUAACUAUUUUAAACAAGAAUAGUUGUUUUUACAAUGUAGAAUCUACAUAAUUAAAAGACGUAGUUGCACUUAUUAGAGCUGUUUUACGAAACAUGUUCAGCUUAUGUAACUAAUAUUAGAUUUAUAACGUUUAGUUUAAUGAUUCUGAGAAAGACAUUGUUAAAAUGUAUUUUUGGAGCUGUAUUACUUACAUGUAGAAUUAAAUAAU